GAUUUUAAAAUCGAAAAUUUUGAACAUGGCGGAUGCAUUUUGAAUAUUUGUAUUUUUCGUGAAAAAAACUUGUUUUUUCUUCUGAUUUUUUGUGCAAAAACACCGUGAAAAAUCCACCUGUGCACUCCUGAGUCUCCAAGUGGUGGACUGAAGGUGCCCAAUACUACGGAAAAGCCAUUAAGCUGCGAGAAAAUUGCAAUUGAGUAAACAUUGUGCUCCGGAAACUGAGAUUUUGCUGCGAAAAAAAUGCCCCGUGACGCUCUGCGGAGUCGCCAUAAGAUGCACGAGGAGGAGGAAGAGGAAGAUGAGGAGAUGGAGGUUGAGGAUGAGGGGGAUGACCCCCCGGCAUUUGGUCCGGCGGCACUGGGACUCCAUCGAGUGGGGACAAAAUUGCCCCCCAAGCCAGCCCCUACGCAGCCCAUUCAGGUGCUCAAUGCCCGUGGGAUGCCGGCACGUAUCCGGAAGAAGAAUCGCCUUUUCUACGAUGACAACAUCAUCAAUGAUAAGCCACCGCCAAAGCAAUCUCCGAGGAAGAUGGGCAAAAGGACGCCAAUGAAGGUUCUCCAAACUCCGAGUAGGAUCAUGAAGCGCGGGAGGAUGAAGAUGAAAUUUACAGGAGGGAAGGCAGCUUCGGUAUCACCGGGGAAGAUUUUAACGCGUAUGCGAGGAUCAGUGGGACAUCCGGUGACUACGCCAUCGCCCACAUUGCAGUUGGAUAAGAAGAUGGGGCAGCGCGUUGGGAUGCGCCUCCGGAACCUCCUGAAACUCCCAAAGGCACACAAGUUUGUGAGCUACGAAUGGUUCUACAGUACCAUCGAUCGCCCCCUCUUCGAGGGCCCGAAUGACUUUGAGAUCUGCCUCAAGGAGGCCUUCCCGCAGCUGGUUACACGAACAAUGUCUCGUGUUGAGUGGACACGCAUCCGGCGCAUGAUGGGAAAGCCCCGACGCUGCUCCCAGGCAUUCUUCGAUGAGGAACGACGGGAGUUGGAGCGAAAGCGUCAGAAGUUGCGUCUGUUGCAAACUCGGAAAAUGGGGGAUGUUUCAUUUGUACGUGACCUCCCCAGUAGCGUCCCUCUGACACUUCCGGUGGGUACCAGUGUUACAGCACGUCUUCGAACACCACAGGAUGGGCUUUUUACGGGUGUAGUGGCUGCUGUGGAUUCCCACAAUCACACCUACCGCAUUACCUUUGAACGCCCAGGCCUUGGUACGCAUACAAUCCCCGACUAUGAGCUCAUUUCCAACUCAACACAGGAAACAAUUCCCCUGAGUAGCCUGACAAAGAAUUUCCGCCAGAAAGCAAAUCUUCCGAAGAAUUUUGUUGCAUCCCCACUGAAUUGUCUGACAACCCUCGGGAAGCACGAUCCCAUGCUCAGUGUUGAUGUUUUUAGCCAUUUGAAGAAGCCACAGAACCUCGCAUAUCCCACGGACAAUCAAGUUGGUGGCUACCCGGUUAAAUUGCUCGAAUUGAUGGUACGCACGAAGAAAUUGCUGGCAGCGAAGCAGGCAAAACUCAAUCGGCUGCAGAGCUUGAAUUCCGAGGUGGCCAUUCACAAGAGCUACGAUGAACCCGUAACGGAGGAAACGCAGAAGAUCUAUGCGAAUCUGGUGGUGUCCCUGGAGAAGAUUAAUCGCAAUAUUCAAAAUAAUCUCAAUACCAUUCAAACGUACACACCACAAAUUUCCAAACAGCCACAGAUUCUGUCGAUGCUCACACCCAGCUACAUGAAGGAGAAAUGUCGCGAAAUGGGCAAUCAGACCGUGCAGAAUAACAAUCACGGGGGCGUUGUGAGGGAUCCGGAAGUUGUGCGCCUCAUCUCGGACAUGGCGACAAUAAUGUGGGUGGCGUCGAGCUUGUCAAACACAGAGCAGUAUUCGAACGUUCUGCGCGUCCUCGAGGGAUGCCUCGAGGAGACGAAGAAUCGUCUCAGUCCCGAGAAUGUGGAUGUCUUCCACAAGUGCGUCAUGGUGCACAUUCAUCAGAUCAAGAUGGGUCUGGGGCAGCUUGCGGCACCAGCGGCAAUCGUGCCAAAACCAUCGCCUCAGACAACAAUUCGCAGGAUCAUUAAAGUUGAGCACGGGGAGGGCUCUUCGAGGGAUUUGGAGACGGUGAAUGUCAUCAUUGAGACAAAGUGAAUGCAGAGAAAUUAUGUUAGAUUCUCUCUUAGUUGCAACAUUCACGAAAAAAAGGUACAAUUGUACAUUUUGCUUAACAUUUUCUUAAAUGAUUAUUUUUAGUAAUUUGCGUAGUUUUUGACAAGUUGCAAAUUUAUUCAAAUUAAUGCGUUUCAAUUAAACUCUGGAAUUUAAAAUAUAUUGGAAAUAAUGUAAUGCAGUGGAACUUAUUGAUUUAAAUAAAUGAUUGAUCAAUAAA